CCACGCGCCUGCUAAGCCAAUCGGCUAGGAGCAGCGAGCGGCGGGGCUGGGUCCCUGCGGUCCCUUGGAGCCGCGCAGUAUGGCGGGCGGGGCCCGGGAAGUGCUCACACUGCAGUUGGGACACUUUGCCGGUUUCGUGGGCGCGCACUGGUGGAACCAGCAGGAUGCUGCGCUGGGCCGAGCAACCGAUGCCAAGGAGUCGCCGGGAGAGCUGUGCCCCGACGUCCUGUAUCGUACGGGCCGGACGCUGCACGGCCAGGAUACCUACACGCCGCGACUCAUCCUCAUGGAUCUGAAGGGUAGUUUGAGCUCCCUAAAAGAGGAAGGUGGACUCUACAGGGACAAACAGUUGGAUGCUGCAAUAGCAUGGCAGGGGAAGCUCACCACACACAAAGAGGAACUCUGUCCCAAGAACCCUUAUCUCCAGGACUUUCUGAGUGCAGAGGUGAGGGCCUCUGCCCUGAACUUUUUAACCCGAGGGCCUCCACAGGGGCAGGGAGUGCUGAGUAGUGAUGGUGUUUGGAGGGUCAAAUCCAUUCCCAAUGGCAAAGGUUCCCCACCACUCACCACCGCUACAACUCCAAAACCACUUAUCCCUACAGAGGCCAGCAUCAGGGUCUGGUCAGACUUCCUCAGAGUCCAUCUCCAUCCCCGGAGCAUCUGUAUGAUUCAGAAGUACAACCAUGAUGGGGAAGCAGGUCGGCUGGAAGCUUUUGGCCAAGGGGAAAGUGUCCUAAAGGAACCCAAGUACCAGGAAGAGCUGGAGGACAGGCUGCACUUCUACGUGGAGGAAUGUGACUACUUGCAGGGCUUCCAGAUCCUGUGUGACCUGCACGAUGGCUUCUCUGGGGUAGGCGCGAAGGCGGCAGAGCUGCUACAAGAUGAAUAUUCAGGGCGGGGAAUAAUAACGUGGGGCCUGCUACCUGGCCCCUACCAUCGUGGGGAGGCCCAGAGAAACAUCUAUCGUCUAUUAAACACAGCUUUUGGUCUCAUGCACCUGACUACUCACAGCUCUCUCGUCUGUCCCUUGUCGUUGGGUGGGAGCCUGGGCCUGCGACCUGAGCCACCUGUCAACUUCCCUUACCUGCAUUAUGAUGCCACUCUGCCCUUCCACUGCAGUGCCAUCCUGGCUACAGCCCUGGACACAGUCACUGUUCCUUUUCGCCUGUGUUCCUCUCCAGUUUCCAUGGUUCAUCUGGCUGACAUGCUGAGCUUCUGUGGGAAAAAGGUGGUGACAGCAGGAGCAACCAUUCCUUUCCCCUUGGCUCCAGGCCAGUCCCUUCCUGAUUCCCUGAUGCAGUUUGGAGGAGCCACCCCAUGGACCCCACUGUCUGCAUGUGGGGAGCCUUCUGGAACACGUUGCUUUGCCCAGUCGGUGGUGCUGAGGGGUAUAGACAGAGCAUGCCACACGAGCCAGCUCACCCCAGGGACACCUCCACCCUCCUCCCUUCACACAUGUACCACUGGGGAAGAAGUCUUGGCUCAGUAUUUACAACAGCAGCAGCCUAGAGUCAUGAGUUCUUCCCAUCUGCUGCUGACUCCCUGCAGGGUGGCUCCUCCUUACCCCCACCUCUUCUCAAGCUGCAGUCCACAGGGUAUGGUUCUGGAUGGUUCCCCCAAGGGAGCAGUGGAGAGCAUCCCAGUGUUUGGGGCACUGUGUUCCUCUUCGUCCCUGCACCAGACCCUGGAGGCCUUGGCCAGAGACCUCACCAAACUCGACUUGCGGCGCUGGGCCAGCUUCAUGGAUGCUGGAGUGGAGCACGAUGACGUAGCAGAGCUCCUGCAGGAGCUACAAAGCCUGGCCCAGUGCUACCAGGGUGGUGACAGCCUCGUGGACUAAAGUUCCCAGUGUGGGAGAGAGGAGCUAGUUUGCAAUAAAAACAGCUGGAUGCAGGAGCCCAGUGUCUUCGUGCAGAGGAGCUCAAUGUCGCAGGACUAGCUACACCAACAUAUGCACUUUUUACAUUUAGAAACACUGUGAUUAGACCACAGAACAAUAAAUAAGUGCCAUCAGACCAAAAAAAGUAGAGAAAGGAGCUGAACUCCACUCACUCGAUGCUAUUUACAGAGGAGAUCUGUAAGGUCUUCAUAAAAGACCUUGAAUGGUGCCUAGGAUGGCAGAGCCCCUGGGUCCUACUCCAUCCUCCAGCCUUUGUCCUCGUCCUGGGCUCCUCUCCUGGUCUGUAAACUGGGCACAAGGACUGUACAAGCAGAGUACAACUACCCUCCUGCCUAAUGACAGGGCACCUGUUGGGUUUGGUCCUGCGUAGAUGAUACCCAAGUAUUCCCAGAGUCUCAUUCAUCCAGCUCCUCUUCAGACAGAAGGUCCCCACAGUCAGACAGCUGGUCUGCGUUGCUGGUACUGGUAGCAUCAUCCUCAUCCUCAGAGCUGGCUUCACAGGCAGUGCAGAAGAGCUGCAUGAGUUCUCGAAAACGGUGGGAGACCUAAGAAAGGAGCAGGGCUGUAUUCACUGAUCCUUAGUAACAUGUUAACAUUUAUGAAGCACUAUAUAUUGAUUUGCAAAAUCUUUUAUGUAUUC